AUGACAGGCGGUGGCCACGUCAAUUUAUCCACUGGUGUUAAUGUCGUAUCACAACAAGCUCAAUAUUGUGGACCAUAUAAAUUAGAAAAAACCUUGGGAAAAGGUCAAACGGGUCUUGUUAAAACGGGAACACAUUGUAUAACAGGUCGAAAAGUUGCUAUAAAAAUUGUCAAUAAAGAAAAACUCAGCGAAUCAGUUCUGCAGAAGGUUGAACGUGAAAUCGCCAUAAUGAAAUUAAUUGAGCAUCCUCAUGUGUUGCAUCUUUAUGAUGUUUACGAGAAUAAAAAAUAUCUGUAUUUACUUCUCGAACAUGUUAGUGGUGGUGAAUUGUUCGAUUAUUUGGUUCGUAAAGGUCGAUUGAUGGCGAAAGAAGCGAGAAAAUUUUUUCGUCAAAUUAUUUCUGCUUUAGAUUUUUGCCAUGCACAUAACAUUUGCCAUCGAGAUUUAAAACCAGAAAAUCUGCUGCUGGAUGACAGAAAUAACAUCAAGGUGGCGGAUUUUGGUAUGGCUUCACUUCAAGUUGAAGGCUCAAUGUUGGAAACGAGUUGUGGCUCACCUCAUUAUGCAUGCCCAGAAGUUAUUCGUGGUGAAAAAUAUGACGGCAGAAAGGCAGAUGUUUGGUCAUGCGGAGUGAUUUUAUAUGCUCUUCUUGUGGGCGCUCUUCCUUUCGAUGAUGAUAAUCUGAGAAAUCUAUUGGAAAAAGUAAAGAAAGGAGCAUUUCAUGUACCGAGUUUUAUUCCAGUGGAUUGCCAAAAUCUCUUACGAGGAAUGAUCGAAGUUGAUCCUAAUAAAAGGCUUGCUCUUGCCGAUGUUUUCAAGCAUCCAUGGGUGGCAGGAAACUCAAAGUCGGAACCGGAAUUAGAACUUCCAAUGUCACAGGUCGUCCAGACCCAUGUAAUUCCAAGCGAAGAAAAUAUCGAUCCAGAUGUCUUCCGGCAUAUGACCAGUUUAGGUUGUUUCAAAGAUAAAGAAAAACUAGUUCAAGAAUUAUUAUCACCUCGACAUAAUACGGAGAAGAUGGUUUAUUUUUUAUUACUGGAUCGUAAACGCCGAAGACCAGCAAAUGAAGAUGAAACUGAAGUGGUUGUACGAGGAACUGUGCAUAAUUUGGAUCCACCAAGAAAACGAACAGAUUCUUCGAGAACUACACGUUAUGCAGUUGGUUCAAUUAGUGAAGGAUCACCCAUUAAUCCCCGAAAAACUUAUGGCAGGUACAAUCGAGGAAGACAUAGCUCACUUAGCGGCUCACCAAACGAUUCGCUUCGUGUUCGUGAUGCCUUCACAUUUUCGGGACCAGCUCCAUAUGCUCGGUCAUCGGUGGAAGAUCGCGGAAGAGGAGCUUCAAGGAACAAUAAUUACCAUUAUUAUACUCAACCUGUAGACUCAGAUGCACUGGCUGCUGCAACACGAAAAGUGCGAACGGAUUUUGAUGAAAAAAAUCAUCAGCAACGGACUGGUAAACAACAAUCGCCUAAUAUAAUGUAUAAUUCCAUUCUCAAUUCCUCUUCUAAUGAGUCCACAACAUCAUCAACAAGUAAUCUACUCGGAAGUAGUGCAAGCGGAAUAGGAAAUUUAUCUGGCCCUUGGCGUUCGAAACUAUCUAACAUCAAAAAUUCAUUCCUGGGUACUCCACGAUUCCAUCGGCGAAAAAUGGGUAGCACUGGAAACUGUGGUGAAAAUGAUGAUGAUGGCCAAAUAAUUGAUACAACUGACCUCGUUAAAAAAUCUUGGUUUGGCUCAUUAACAUCGAGUAUCAGUGUUGAGAGAGAUGAUGUUCAGUGUGUUCCAGUUCAAGGGAAAACUUUAAAUGGCAUCAAAGCUGAAUUAAUACGCUCUUUCUUAACGAUCCACGAGUUGAGUCAUUCCGUAAUUGGCCAGAAUUCUUUCCGAGUUGAAUAUAAACGUGGUCCUACUGUUGGAGGCAGUGUCUUUUCGCGUGGAGUCAAAAUGCAAGUUGAUAUAGUUGUCUCACCACAUGCUGCGACAUCGAUCGGUGAAGCGCCGAUGUAUGUUGUUCAGUUCACUUUGUUAGCUGGUCCUGUUCGCAGAUUUAAAAGGCUUGUCAAUCAUCUUACUGCUAUUCUUCAAAGUUCUCAGCAAAGGGCGGAUAGAGCAGCAGCCUUAAUGGUUCGACCUCGACGCUUAUCAGAUUCUAGUGUGAGCAGUACUUGUUCAGAUAGUGAUUCGACUACUGGCUGUACAUUGCCUCAUGUUCAAAGUCAAACGGUAUUUUCAUAA